GUUUUCCAAAAAAAAAAAGUGUGCCAUUUUUUUUAUAAUGACUUAAAAUUUUAAAUCCAAAACGACAACGAAUCGAAAAUCAACCUAACGAAAUACGAAAACAUUCCACAUAAACUUUAUACCCACAAAGUGUCGCGCGAAUCUCUAACGGUGCUUUUUUAACACAAUUUUCUAGUAAUUUAUCUGGCGAAAAUUACUGGAAAAAAUUAACCUAGUCCUAAAUAUUUUACUUAAUUUUUUUUUUGCUGUGUCAUAUUUUUUUAACUUCCGUGUGGUGUUAAAUCAGAGUGUGAAGUUUGUGAUAUAAUAAUUUUUUUUAAUGAAUUAAAUAUAAAAAAAUGUCAACACAAGCGUAUUAUAAGGAUCGAUUGGGAUUUGAUCCAGCUGAAUCAACGGGUUUAAAAUCGGCGGAACAUUUUAAUGGAGUUGGAAAUGGUCGGAUUGGUGGUGUUAAACGUAAAAAUUCUCAACAAGGAUAUGAGGAGAAUUUGAGUAAAUUUAAAGAUGAACGAGAUGCCAUCCAAAAGAAAACAUUCACAAAAUGGGUUAACAAACAUUUGAAAAAGGCUAGCCGACAUGUGAACGAUCUGUUCGAAGAUCUUCGAGAUGGGCAUAAUCUAAUUUCUCUGCUGGAGGUGUUAACUGGCGAACAUCUCCCACGAGAAAGAGGACAAAUGCGCUUUCAUAUGUUACAAAAUGUCGAGGUAGCCCUUGGUUUUCUACGUUAUAAGAAAAUAAAAUUAGUCAAUAUACGUCCAGAAGAUAUUGUCGAUGGAAAUCCAAAAUUAACGUUAGGAUUAAUAUGGACAAUUAUUUUACAUUUCCAAAUUUCCGAUAUUGUUGUUGGACAAGAACCAAAUAUAUCGGCACGUGAUGCAUUAUUACGAUGGGCACGACGUUCAACAGCUAAAUAUCCUGGUGUACGAGUAAAUGAUUUCACUACAUCAUGGCGUGAUGGUUUAGCAUUUAAUGCAUUGAUACAUCGUAAUCGUCCUGAUUUGGUUGAUUGGCGAGGUGUACGUACACGACAUGUCCGUGAACGUCUUGAAUAUGCCUUCCACGUAGUAGAGAAAGAGUAUGGUGUUACACGUUUGCUAGAUCCAGAAGAUGUCGAUACACAUGAACCUGAUGAGAAAUCAUUAAUUACUUAUAUUUCAUCAUUGCAUGAGGUAUUCCCAGAACCACCAGCAAUGCAUCCCUUAUACGAUAUUGAGGCACAAAGACGGGUACAAGAGUAUCGUGAGAUCGCGUCACAAUUACAUUUAUGGAUACGUGAAAAACAUAGUCAAAUGCAAGAUCGUACUUUCCCCUCAACAUUAAUUGAAAUGAAAAAACUUGCCACAGAAUCAACACGAUUUAGAAAUGAAGAAGUGCCACCAAGACAACAAGAUAAAAAACGUUUAGCGCAUACAUUUAGAGAAUUAGAACGAUAUUUCGAACAAGUUGGUGAAAUUGAUUUAGAACCGGAAUUACAUAUUGAUCAAUUAGAUAGAAAUUGGAAUCGAUUAAUGAUUGCACAUCAAGAACGUGAUAAUGCCAUUUUAGAUCAAAUUAAACGAUUAGAACGAUUACAACGUUUAGCAGAAAAAGUUCAUAGAGAAAUGAAACAAACCGAUAGUCGAAUGGAUGAUAUUGAAACACGUAUUGAAGAUGAAUCACGUAGAUUGGAUCGUAUGCAUCCAUUAGAUGCAAAACAUGCCGCCGAUGUAUUAGAUCAAGAAUUACGUUCCACUGAGCAUGCAAUUCAAUCAUUAUUCAGGGAUGUACAAACAUUACGUGAAGGUCGUUAUCCACAAGCAAAUGAUUUACAUAAACGUAUUACACAAUUACAUCAACGUUGGGUGUCGUUACGUUCUUUGUUCCAUGAUAAAUUAUUACAACCAUUAUCAAGUUUAUCAUUCCCUGUUGAAGAACGAACCGUUACCAGACAUACAAGAACUGUUUUGGAAACACGAUUAGUCGAUACAAAUGCACAUUUUAGAAAUUUACAAGAAUGUACCGAUUGGUGUCGUGAUAAAUUGAAACAACUUCAAGAAGCUGAUUACGGUACCGAUUUACAAACCACACAACAAGAAUUAGAUCACCAUCAACGUGAACAUAAAUUAAUUGAUCAAUUCCACACAAAAGUAGAUGCAUGCGUUAAGGCCAAGCAACAGUUCCAUGGUGAAGAGUUAUCAUUGUACAGUCAACAUUUAGGACAAUUACAAAAAUUAUAUGCUGAAUUAUCAUCAGUAUCAAAUAAUCGUUUAUCCGAUUUAGAAAGUUUACUUGACUUCUUGAAAUCAGCAACAGCUGAAUUAAUGUGGCUAAAUCAAAAAGAAGAAAUUGAAAUUACCCGAGAUUGGUCUGACAAACAAUUAAAUGUUCCAGCACUUGAGCAAUAUUAUGAGCAAUUAAUGAACGAAUUAGAAAAGCGGGAAAUACAAUUUAGUGCAGUCCAAGAUCGUGGUGAAGCACUAGUCUUACAACAUCAUCCAGCAACAAAAUGUAUUGAAGCUCAUAUGUCCGCAAUGCAAGCACAAUGGGCUUGGUUAUUACAAUUAACAUUAUGUCUUGAAACACAUUUAAAACAUGCAUCAAAAUAUCAACAAUUCUUUAAAGAUAUUAAACUUGCCGAACAAUGGAUACAUGAGCGAGAUGAAGUAAUGAACACCGAAUACAGUGUUUGUGAUUUCACAUUAGAUCAAGGUGAACGUUUAUUGCAAGGUAUGCAAGCAUUGCGUGAUGAAUUAAAUACGUUCAGCGAUACAGUACAACAUUUGAGUGAAGUAUCAACAACAAUUGUGCCUUUAAAACAACGUCGUCAACCAGUAACACGUCCAUUACCAGUAAAUGCUGCUAGUUCUUACAAACAAGCAAACAUUGUAAUUGAAAAAGGUGAACAAUGUACAUUACAUGAUAAUUCCGGUCGAGUGAAAUGGCGUGUAACAAACAAAUCAGGUGUGGAAUCACAAGUACCAGGUGUUUGCUUUGUAAUACCUCCACCCGACAAAGAAGCAUUAGAUGCUGCUGAACGUUUACGUCGUCAAUUUGACAGAUCAAUUGCAUUAUGGCAAAAGAAACAAUUACGUAUGCGACAAAAUAUGAUCUUUGCAACAAUUAAAGUUGUCAAGAGUUGGGAUUUGGCUCAAUUUGUUGCAAUGGGUGCUGAACAACGUAAUGCUAUUCGUCGCGCCUUAAAUGAAGAUGCUGAUAAACUCUUAGCUGAAGGUGAUCCAGCUGAUCCACAAUUACGUCGAUUACGACGUGAAAUGGAAGAAGUAAAUAAAUUAUUCGAUGAUUUCGAACGACGGGCACGUGCCGAAGAGGAAAGUAAAAAUGCGUCGAGAAUAUUUAACGACCAAGCAAGUUCAUUACAAUCCGCACUCGAAGAAGCUGAACGUGUUCUCAUAUCACGUACCCAAGCACCAUUACCACGUGAUGUUGACACUUUAGAACAUUUAGUAAUUGAACAUAAAGAAUUUGAGAAUCGUCUUCAAGCGCUAAGUAGUGACGUAGAACGUGUACAAGAAACAUUUAGAAGUAUUGCAUUGAAGACACCACAAAUGAAAAAAUCACUCGAACGAAUCCUUGAUAAAUGGAAUAGUUUAUGGGAAUUAUCGAAUUUAUAUAUCGAACGAUUAAAAUGUAUUGAAAUUGUAUUAUCUGGUAUCGAUGAUGCCAAUAAUGUUAUUUCUGAUUUUGAACAUAAAUUAGCAUCGUACAAAGAGAUGCCAUCCGACAAAGAAUCAUUGAAAUUUAUCCAUGAACAAUUGUUAAUUUUACAAAAUGCUGUUGGACCACAACAAAUUAAUAUGGAUCAAUUGAAUGAUGAUACAGACAACGUCCGUAGACUUACGGAAAAAUCACGAUCAACUGGUGCACAUAUUCAUCGUGGACCACAUCCUGAUAUUGAACGAGUUGAACAAGAAGUAAAUCGAUUGAAUACACGAUGGAGUAAUAUCUGUGGUCAACUUGUUGACAGAUUACGUAGCUGUGAACAAGCUUAUAGUUUAUUGAAAAAUUACAAUAAAGCACAUGAAAUUGAAGAUUCAUGGUUAGAUGAAAGUUACAGUAAGCUGAAUAAUUUAGCCCCUCUUGGCGAACGCGCUAAGGAACAAUUGGAACCAACACGAUCAUUAUUGAAUAAUGUACGCGAACGUGCUCCAAAAAUAGAACAAGUCAAUGGAACAGGAGGACGAUUUAUCCGUGAAGGAAAGAUAUACAACUCUCGGCUACAACGAUAUAAGGAGUGGCUGAUAGAAGAGAUACAUCCAUCGUUGGAUGUGCCAUCUCCAACAACAAAUGGUAAACAUCAUCAUCCACAUCAUCAUUCAAAUGCUGGUGGUACGCCGAAAUCAUCACCGAGCGUGGAGAAUGGUGUGGAUUAUGUGAUCGCACAAUUGGAUGAAUUAAAUGCACGGUAUAAGCACUUAAAUGAUAUACUGUAUCAACGAUUACAAGAUAUUGCUGAUCGAUGUCCUGGUGAUAUUGUUACAUUGAGAUUGGUUGAACAAAUGCAACCACGUGAUUUUCGUACAUUCCGUACUGAAUUUAAUAUAUCCAGUACAACUGAAACAAAUUCCUAUUCGUCAACAACCACACAUUAUACACAAUCCAAAUACAUUCAACCAAAAUCCGAUGUAUCAUCAACGACGCGUGUCACAAUCACCAGUCCAACGACAAAUGGUAAAACACACGAUACUGUGGAUAAUAUAAAAAAUCAACAAUCAGCAUGGGGUACCACAAUGCAAUUUAGUGAAAUUCGUUCAUUAAAACGUAUUCAUAAAGUACACGAAGGCAUUGGUACAGAAAAUAUAAUUGACACACCCGGUAUAUUACAUCCAAGUACCGGUGAAAUAUUAACCGUGGGUGACGCUAUCAAAUUACGUAUAUUAGACGUACGAACCGGGCGAAUUGUAUCGUCAACAGACGGAUCAACAUCUAUGACAAUACAAGAAGCUGCACGAAAUGGUUUAAUACGACCUGAAUUAGCCGAACGUUUAUCGGGUCCGUGUGGCGUUACUGAAGACGGUCGAAACGUGUCACUAUUAGAAGCAAUCCAACGUGAAUUAUACGAUGCUGAACAUUCGGAUCCAAGCGAAAAACGUAUUAAGGUAGAGACAUCCGGUCAAUUAAUAUCUGACGCACUAUCUGAUGGUAAAAUUGAUGAGAAAUCUGGUACUUUUGUAUUGGAGAACGGUAAUAAAAUUACCAUACAAGAAGCAUACGAACAGGGUCAUUUAGUACUCAAAGAAAUUAAAGUUAAAACUUCCGCGUUAUCAUUAUCGGAUAUAAUUAAUCAAGGUUUAAUUGAUGAUCGAACAGGAUGGAUUAUUGAUCGUAAUUCCGGUGAUAAAUGUCAAAUUGAUGUUGCUAUUAAACAUGGUAUCAUUAAUCCAAAUAUUCGUGAAGUCAUUGAUCCAAAAAAAGACACAAAAAUUACAUUGCAAAAAGCUUUAGAAUUAGGUGUUAUUAAUCAAAAAUUAGGUAAAUAUAUUUAUAAUCAUGAAAAAUUAUCUUUACAAGAAGCACGCAGGCGUCAAUUAAUCAUGAAACCAAUGACAUUAAAAGAUAUUUGUGAUUUAAAUUUAUUAGAUAAUCAGGGUACAAUUUCUACACCAAUCUAUCGUAAUAAAGUUUCAAUAAUUGAGGCAAUUAGUCGGGGUAUUUUAGAUGCUGAUAAUAUUAAAUGUAUUACAAAUACAAAAACUAAUGAUUUGAUAACUUUAAGUGAAGCUUUAAGCUCGGGAAUUAUUUUACCUGAUAGUCAUUUUAAAGAUGCUCUAACUGGUGAAAUAUGUACAAUACCUGAAGCUGUUGAUCGUGGAUUAAUAACAUCUGUAUCAGUACGAUCAAUUUUUGAUAUUGAAGGUUUUAAAGAUCCAUCGAUAGGAGAGUUUAUUAGUUUGAAUUCAGCAUUAGCAAAAGGUUUAAUAAGUCCGAAAAAUAAUGGUUCAAUUGUUGUUGACUCACAGACGGGGAAAUUAGUACCUUUACACGGUAGUUUAGAGGAAGGUUUAGUUAGGGAAGAAAUUUUAGAUAUGUUAAAUCGACCAAUUGGUAUGUUUGAAAAUUCUAAGGAAUUAACAGUAUUAGAUGCAGUGUUAAAACGCUAUAUUGAUCCAAAAACUGGACAAAUAUUAGAUAUACGUACAAAACGACCCAUAUCAAUGAAUACAGCUAUUGAAAAGGAAAUUAUUACACCUGAAGGCGCUGUUUUAUUAAAUAGUUUACUUAGUAUUACGGUAACAACACAGACUAUAUCAAAAACAAUUAAACGGUAUGUAACAAUUACAAAUACUGGAACGACUAAAUCAGAAUAUACAAUCACUUUUGGGGAAGCUAUACGACGUGGUUUAAUCGAUGAAACUACACAAACGUUCCAAAACCCUGAAAAUGGAUCGAUAAUACCAAUUGAACAAGCAUUGAGCGAAGGGUUAAUUUCAACAGAUGCGCCAUCUGAAACAUUUAUAACAACUAAAGCUAAAUCGCCGAUUAAAAUCACUAGAAUUACAUCUGUACCACAAACAGAACAGAUGGAUGUUGGCGAUUAUUAUCAGCCGUCGACGUCUCCUAAUAAAACUCUUACUAAAACUGAUUCAAUAACUUCGUCACCUAGUAUUGAUGUUGAAUUUAGUUCAUCGUCUCCAACUAAAUUCUGGAGUAAAACAGAUACAACAUUCUCUUCACCAACCUCAGAGUUACAAUCAACUCCAUCCCCAAUUAAAUGUUGGAGUCCUGAUGUCUCAAUUACAUCACCUAGUAAAUUUUCUAGCACGAAAAAAGUCGUUUCAGAGUUCUUAACUCAUGAAAAGCAAGUUUAUGAACUACCCCCAGAUGGCUGGUUAUUAAGUGAAGCGAUUGAUCAACAAUUAUUAGAUCCUGUUACUGGCUUAUUUAUAAUUCGUGGUACAGAUCGAUUAGUUAGUUUUGAAGAAUGUAUCAAAUUACGUAUUAUUAAUCCACAAUCCGCUGUGGUUAUCGACCCUCAAACUAAUCGGGAAACGUCAAUACAACGUAGUUUAGAUAAACAAAUUUUAGAUAAAACUGGUCAUUAUAGAAUUGAUCCCGAUAAAUAUAUUACAAUGUUCGAAGCCAUUUCACAAAAAUUAAUCAUACUUAAAAAUCCAACUCAACAAGACUUGGGUAGUCAACGGUUAAUCCAAGUUACGAAAAUUUAUGGUAAACCUGAUUUAGUUGAAGUAUCUUCGAAUGUUAUAGAUAAAAAUCCUCCAACAUUCGUUAAAGUAAAAAGUACGGAAUCUGAAUUAAGUUCCUUAGAACCACUACAAAUACAGAAAGGAGUUAUUUAUGAUCCAUCUACAGCGUUAGUAAUAUUCACGGAAUCAGGAAAAUCGGAGAAUUUAAUCGAAGCGAUCAAAGAGAAAAAAAUCGAUCCAAAUUUAGUUAGUGUUAAAGAUCCACAUUCUGGUAAAGAAAUGCCAAUUUCAGAUGCUAUACGCAAAGGUAUUAUUAAUAAAGAUAACGGUGAAUAUAAAGAUAAAUCGGGUAGGAAAAUUUCCCUUAAUGAUGCUGCUAAAUUUGGAGUUCUAGCUGUUGUUGGUGCACCGUUAAUAGCCGCGCAACAUGUUGUUAAAAUAGUUAAAAAAUCAAUGAUAUUCGAUCCAAAAACUGGUGAACAAUUACCUAUUGAAGUUGCAUUCGAAAGAGGUUUAGUUGACAAAGAAACAAUUGAAAAAUAUGAAGCACAAACUCAAGAUCCUGAAUAUGAGUUAUUUAUCAAAGAUCCACAAACAAAUACCAAAAUAUCAAGUAAAGAAGCAAUUGAGAAAGGAAUUAUUAGUCCAUCUGAGUUGAAAGUUUUAGAAAAGCUUUCAACCACCUCUGUUAUACGCGAUCCAAUUACAGAUGAAGUUAUUCCUAUGGAUAAAGCGUUAGAAACUGGUUUAAUAAGUCCAAAAGAAAUAGAAUUACAUCGAAAUGUAGUUCAAAUAUCUUCGCCGACUAUUAAAACUAGUAUGUCUGUAAAAGAUCCAGAAACAGGUAAAAGUAUUCCAGUAGAAGAUGCAAUCGAAAAAGGAAUAAUUACAGAAGAAGAAGUAAAAAUUUUAGCUGCUUCUAAACCGCAACCAACUCGUGUGUAUGAGGAAAAAGUUCGCCCAACUGCAGCAGAAAGAACUCGAAGUCGAAUAACAACUGAACCUACCUAUAAAGUAGCAAUUGGAUGUGCACGUCAAUCACAAAGUCCCGAUCGUGAAGCGAAACCAGUAAUCUUACAAAAAAUGCGUCGAAAAAUUGUUAAACCAAAAGAUGCAACCGAUAAAGGUUUAAUAGACGCACCUACAGCAGAAAUGUUAACUAAAACAUUUGAAGCACCUGGUGGCGAAAAUUUAACAUUAGGCGAAGCUAUUUUAAAUAAUAAAUUAGAUGGUAACCAAGGUCAUAUUAAAGAUCCACAAAGUGGUGAUAUCCUUACAAUAAAUGAAGCUAUUUCACGUGGUAUUUUAGAUCCAAACGGCACAAAUCAAUUAUUAUUACCUUUAAAUCGUAGUUUAAGUAUUCCAGCUUUAGUUGCACAAGGUUUAGUUGAUCCACAAUCUUCUAAAAUUAUUCAUCCAGAAACUGGUGAUAAAUUAUCGUUGCGUGAAGCAAUUGUCUGUGAUAUUGUUGAUCCUUUAAGUAAUAUUGAGAAUCCAGUUACUGGAACAAUAACUUUAGAAGAAGCUAUCAAUCUUGGACAUAUUGAUGAUGAAAAUUCUGCAGUGGUUACAUCUGAAGGUCCAUUAGAUCUUCUUACUGCAGUUGAAGUAAAUAUUUUCAAAGAUGAACCACAAAUAAAUUCAGAUAUUCCACCAGCAGGAAUGACACUUCCAGUUGCAUUAAAACGAGGAUUAAUCGAUCCUGAAACAAAUGAAGUUAUACAUCCUCUAACUGGUGAAAGAAUGAGUAUAGAAAAGGCAAUUGAACAAAAUUUCAUUAUGGCAUUGCCAUAUCCUGAAAAUGAAAAUAGCGUUGACAUUAAAGAAGCAUUAAAAGAAAAUUUGAUUAAAUAUGACGAAGGAACAUACACGGAUAAACAAACUGGAGAAGUCAUCCCAAUAAAUGAAGCGAUAAACAAAGGUUUAUUAGUAGUUAAAGCACUUCCAACAUUAGUUAGUUCUGAACAACAACAUGCAAUUUCUGUAACGAAAACUGUAACUUCUUAUCACACGAUUACGACCAAAACUGUCGAAUUAUUAGCAGGUUACGCAUUAAUUAGUGCAACAGAAGUCAAAAAUUUAGAAACAAAUGAAGUGAUUCCAAUUGAAGAAGCUAAAAAACGUGGUAUUGUCAAAGAUGAAAAAGAAACAAAAGAACAUUUUACGACAAAAGAAUCAAAAACUACUUUCUCAGAAGCUCUUAAGAGUGGUUUAAUUGAUCUAGAUAAUGGAACAUACACAGAUCCACAAAGUGGAACUCUUAUGCCAAUAUCUGAAGCCAUCCAAUUAGGUCAUUUGGACGCGAAUGAUAAUGAACAUUUAAUAAUGGAUACUUCAGACCAUGUACAAACAGCUAAUUUGAAUAUUAUUGAUGCUUUUGAAACGAUUUAUGACGAUAAAACUCAAUCAUUUAAAGAUCCCGAAAACACACACAAAUUAUUAACAUUUACCGAAGCGAUCGAACGAGAAAUUGUUGAUCCUAAUUCAAUAAUUUAUAAUACGACAACUAGUGAACCCCUAACUGUGAAACAAGCUAUCGAAAAAGGUGUUUUAGAUCCAAAAACUGGUAAAUUUAAAGAUAAACAAUCAGGUCAGAAUAUAAAUAUUAAGGAUGCAGCCAAAAUGGGUCUUUUAGCUAUAGUCGGUGCACCAAUAUUAGCAGGAAUGGCUGUUGCCGAUGCUGUUAAAAAUUUAGCAGAUAAAUCAAAAUCUAAAAAAUCAGAAAAACUUUCUCCAUCCGAUUUAACACGAUCUGAAAUUAGUCCCGAAAAAGUUAUCGGUGUAAUCCAACCUGCGGUUUCAACGCAAGACUUUUUACAAAAAGAAAUUGAAUCAACAGUCACACAAAAAGUAAAAGAACCAGUUAGCGAAACACCAAAACUGAUCAGUUACGAACGACUAGCAAUUGGAGAUGCUAUUUCUCAACGAAAAAUUGAACCGAAAAUAUGUCGAAUUUUAGUCAAUAAUAAAGAAAUGCCUUUAACUGUACAAGAUGCGUUAGACCUAAAUGAAGUUAGUCCCUUAGAUGUGGUUGAUAUUAUUAGUAAAGUUAAAGUGUCUUUAGUACAGGAAAAACCAAAAUAUGCCUUACUUAUAAAUCAAGACCUGACACCUGACCAAUUAAUUGAGCUUGGUGUAUUCGACGCACAAUUUGGAUACUUUACAGAUCCAAGUACUGGUACUCCAAUCACAUUUAGUGAUUUAAUUUAUGGUUUAGAAUUAUUUAACCCCGACAACAUUUUAGUGAAAGAUUUAACAAAACCUGACCAUUAUUUACCUUUGGAGGAAGCGUUAGCAAAACCUUUAAUUGAUAAAAACACUGGGCAUAUGGUUGAUCCAAAAACUGGUAAAAAAGUCAAUUUCUUUGAUGCUGUCAGAUUAGGUUACAUUAUUGAACGUAGUGCUAAACCUCGUAAACCCGACCCAGUACCCUUACCUUUAGACGAACUUCUAACCAAAAAUAUUUUUAAUCCCGAAACAUCAGAAAUUAUUCAUCCUGAUACAGGUGAAAAAAUUGAAUUAAUCGAUGCAAUCGAUUCGGGAAUUGUCGAUCCAAAUUCGAUUAAAAUACGAAAUCCACAAAAUAAUCAAAUUAUAACAAUCAUUGAGGCUGUGGAAUUAGGAAUUGUGGAUAUUACACGAAAUGUUGUAAUUAAUAUCGAAACUAGAGAAGAAAUUACACUGGCAACGGCAUUUAAACAAGGAUAUUUAAUUGCUGGGCCACGUAAAGGUAUUUCGUUAGAGGCUGCCAUACGAACUCAAUUAUACGAACCAAAGUCUGGAACAAUCUUAGAUUCACAAACAAAUGAAAAUAUUAAUUUGGAAGAAUCAGUUAAACGCGGCAUAGUUAAUGCUGAUAUUUCUGAUUGUAAAGAUACCCGUGCCAAUGCUUGGAUACCGUUAAACGAGGCUUUGGACACAAAAUUAGUUAAUUCAGAUAAUGGUAAAAUGCGUGAUACAAAAACAGGAAAUUUGGUAACACUAGAUGUUGCUUUAGCAGAAAAUAUGAUAACAACAAAACCAGUUCAACUUACAAUAACUGAAGCUAUUACUGAAAGUUAUUAUUCACCAAAAACAGGUAAAAUUCUAAAUCCAACUACUGGUGAAAGUGUUACAUUGAAAAAUGCUAUCGAUACUGGUUUUAUUGACCCAACUUCAACGCGUCUAAAAGAUAUUGCUAAAAAUAAAAUUGUUACCGUGCCUGAAGGUGAGAAAGGUGGAAUUAUUGAUACCAAUCGAGGUGUUUUAAUAAAUCCACCAGCUCCGCUGAAUGAAGCAUUUGAUAAAGGGUAUAUUUUAAGUACGAUUAAGCCAUGGUCCUUACAAGAAGCACUUGCACAAAAUGUCUACGAUCCUGCUACAGGUCUAUUUACCAUCGAUGGCAAAGCCUUAACACUUGAUGAAGCUAUUAAGAGUAAUCUUAUUAAUAAAAACAGUUUAGCUAUCAAAAAUCCACAAACGAAUGAGAUAAUUUCCUUAGAAGAAGCUAUCAUAUUAGGAAUUAUUGAUCCAAUUAAGGGCGUUAUAAUUGACGCAACCACAAAUGAACCAAUUAAUUUAUAUGAAGCAUUAGAUCGUGGUACAAUUUUACCAUUUAAACGUAAAUUCAGUCUGCCAGAAGCAAUAUUUAAAGGUUUCUAUGACCCUAAAAGUGGUCAAUUUGCAACACCAAUUUCGACUGAAAAACUAUCGACUGAUAAAGCAAUGCGUAAGGGAGUUGUUGAUUUUAAAUCAACCGUUGUCUGUAUUGAUGGCAUGACUUUAACCUUCCAUCAAGCCGUACAAGAUGGAAUUAUUGAUGUAAAAUUAGGCAAAGUCAUUGGUAGUGAUCGAUUUUUAGAUUUCCAAGAAGCUUUUGAACAAGGUGUCUUAGUUGAGGUUAGAAAACCACUUUCUUUGAGUGAAGCUCUAGUCAAAGGUUUGUAUGAUCCACAAACGAAUUUGUUCCUUGAUCCACAAACUGGCGAAUGUAUAACACUUAUUCAGGCUUUAGAAUCCGGUAUGAUUGAUCCAAAUUCAGUACAUGUUCGUGAUACUAGAGAUCCACGAUCAUGGAAACAAUUAACCUUACUUGAUGCGAUUAAAGAAGGAGUAGUUGAUGGCGAUAAAUGUACUGUUAAAGAUCCUUCGAAAUCAAUCGAAUUCACGAUAAGCGAAGCUUUCGAUAAAGGUAUUAUCACCGAUCGUUUAGCUGCUGUGUCUUUACAAAGAGCAAUUCAUCAAGGAUUAUACGAUUCCAAAACUGGCAAAUUUGUUGAUCCACAAUCAGAACGAUAUAUUACAUUACAUGAAGCCAUUCGUAAAUUUAUAAUUAAUCCAUUGAUUCCAUGUUAUUUCGAUCGGAAAAAUCAACGUCUAUUGAAUUUAGUUGAAACUUGUCGAUCAGGAAUUAUUGAUCGUCGAAAUGGUACAUUCAAGGAACCUGGAUCAACAGAUAAUAUAACUUUAGAUGAAGCAUUAAACUUAGGUUUAAUCAUUGACGUAGAAACCGCCGGUUUCGGUUUAUAUGAUGUCAUUACAAUGAACUUAUAUGAUCCAAAAACUGGAAUGAUUUGUCAUCCGGCUACAAAUAAGAAAUUCACGCUAAAUGAUUCAAUUAAGGACGAAUUAGUUAAUCCGUUGAUUUCAAUCGUGAAAAAUUUAAAAACGGGUAAAUAUAUUUUAUUAAAUGACGCUAUCGAAGAAAAUAUUAUCGAUGAUCAAAAUGGACGUUAUAAUUUACCAAACGGAAAUUCCAUCAAUUUCCUUGUAGCGAAGGAAAAAGGUUUAAUUGUAACUAGUCAUAAACCAAUAUCGGUUGAAGAGGCUAUUAAAAAUUCUUUAUAUCGUCCUGAAGCCGGUAAAUUUAUUGACCCAACUACUGGAGAAUGUCAUGAUAUUAGUUCAGCUUUAGAUUCAGGUUUACUUGAUCCUAAUUCGACGUUCCUUAAAGAUCCUGUGACGAAUCAAUUAAAAUCCAUUAGAAGUGCUAUUGAAGAUGGAAAUAUUGAUGUACCUAAAGGUCGUGUGCUUGAUUCGAAAACAAAACAAGUUUAUAAUUUCGAUGUAGCAUUCGAACGAAAUCUUUUGAUAACUGUUGAUCAAUUAAUUACAUCCCAAAAACGUGAAAACUUAUUUGAUUCACCACGUAAAGAUGUUCGUAAAGUUCGCGAAUGCUCAAUACAAGAAGCUAUCAAUUUCGAAUUAUUAGAUCCAAAUCUAGCCGUUAUUAAACAUCCACAAAACGGUCAUUUUAUUACAUUAAACGAUGCAAUCGCAGAUCAAUUAGUUGAUGUAACGAAAACUGCAACAUUCGAUCCCCAAAAUCAAUCAUAUUCCAUAUUGUUCGAUCAAAAUUUACUUGUUUAUAAAAAGAAACCUUACACAUUUGCCGAAGCUAUUGAAUUAGGUAAACUCGAUAUAACGACUAGUAAAUUUACGGAUGGAGAUGAAGUUUUAACUUUAAAAGAGGCGGUUACAUUGGGACGUAUUGAUCCUGAUACGGCAUUAAUUAAAGAUGGUCUCAAGAAAAAAUUAGUAAAAUUACCAGAAGCCUUCCGUAAAGGGUUAAUUGAUGCCGAAAAAGGCAAUGUACUUGAUACAAUUACAUCAAAAUUACAUUCGCUAGAACAAGCGGUCAAUCAAAGCUUAUUAACAACACCACGAAGAGGUUUUACUUUAACAGAAAGUUUAAUUUUUGGAUUAUAUAAUCCAGUGACGGGUGGUUUUACUGAUCCAUUUUUCACGCCGAAUAUAAUUGAUCGUAAACGAUUAACGUUAGGUAAUACAUUAGAAACGGGAUUAAUUGAUCCGUCUAGUACAGUGAUUAAAGAUCUAGAAACUGGUAAUAUUACACCAUUAGUGACAGCUAUUGAUCCCACACAAAUGAAUUUAAUUGAUAGUGUAUCGGGAAAAUAUUUGGAUAAAAUUGAAAAUAAAGAGUUGGACUUGGUGAAAGCAUUGGAACGGGGUUUGAUUUUACCAGCUGCUGCUAGGCAAGCGGUUGAAGAAAAAUACCGUUUAUGUGAUGACACGCUAACAAAACUAUUAGCAUGGAUUUCACAAAUUGAAAGUAAAUUAGCGUCCCAAGAUGUUGUUAAAGAAUAUGAAGAAGAAUUGCGUAAUCAAAUUAAUAUAAUGAAACAAAUUAAAGAUGAUUUAGAUGUACAUAAUCGUCAAAUUGCCCAAUGUGGUGAUCAGGUACGGCAAUUAGUAUUAACAGCUGGUGAUAUAUUAAGCAAAGAUGAAAUUACAUCACUAGAGAAGAACGGUCGAUCAUUGAAACAACGCUACGACCGUGCAUGCGAUCGUACAGAAGGAUUAUUACGUCGUUUAUCAUCUGCACGUGAUGAAUUAAGCAAAUUCCGAAGUGAUUUGAACGUGUUCUCCGAUUGGUUAUCACGUGCAAGACGUACACUCGAAGAUAAAGAACGGUCAUUAUCCGAUUUGGGUAAACUAAGUUCAAGCGCUGAUAGCACUCGUGAAUUUGUAUCCGAUGUCAUUGCACAUAAGGCAGAUUUACGGUUCAUUACAAUGGCAGCACAAAAAUUCGUUGAUGAAUCGAAAGAAUAUCUUACCGUUCUCAACGAUUUCCGUACAUCAUUACCAGAACGAUUACCACAUGUUAAACCAUUAUCGUCACAAGAUUCACCUGUAUCAAACGAUUUAUCGGUUGUUACUCAACAAUAUCGUGAUCUACUUAAUCGCACCAACGCAUUAUCAGAUCGUUUAUCUGGUGUUGGUGGUAAACAACGCGACUAUAGUGAUGCUGUCGAUAAAGCACGUAGAUGGUUACGAGAAGUUGAACCUAAAGUACUUAAAGUUUUAUCCGAACCAGUUGGUGCUGAACCAAAACUUGUGGAAGAACAAUUAAAUCGUGCUAAGACCUUAAAUAACGAAUUCCUUGCACAAGGACGUUUGAUUGAUAAUGCCAAACAUGCAGUAUCCAGUUUAUUACGCUCACUCGAAGGACAAUUAUCACCUACAGAAAUCGCACAGUUGGAACAACCUGUUAUCGAAUUGGAAGAUAAAUAUAAACAAUUGGGCGAUGCCUUAGCAGAAAAAUGCCAAGAACUAGAUACAGCAUUGGUACAAUCACAGGGUGUUCAAGAUGCGUUGGAUGGCCUUGUCAAUUGGUUGAAUCAAGCUGAAAAUCAAUUUAAAACUAUUCAUCGCCCUGCGUCAUUAAAUAAGGAACGUUUGGAGGAACAAAUUCGUGAACAACGUUUGUUACAAGCAGAUAUCGAUUCACAUAGACCAAGUGUUGAUUCCAUUACAAAAACAGCACAUGAAUUAAUAUCGAAUGCUAGUAAUGCUCGUGUUGCAAAGAAAAUUGAACAAAAAUUACAUGAUGUUAAAUCACGUUUUGAUAAAUUAUUGGAUAAAUCAAUAAAACGUGGUGAUGCUUUAGAAGAAGUACAUGUACAACUUUCACAAUUUACCGUACAAGUUAAUCAUUUCGAACAAUGGUAUGUAUCCAUUUUGGAUAUUGUGGAGUCACGUGAUUUAAUUAAAUUAUCCGUGAACGAUUAUACAAUAAAAAUGCAAGAAUUAUGUAAUCGACGUGAUGAUAAACGUAAUGAAUUUGAAGAUACUGUUCUGAAAGGACGUAAUCUAGUUGGGAAGAAAGAUGUCACUGAUACUGUACCUGUUAGGGAUAAAAUUAAGUCUCUUGAAUCACAGUGGAAAGAUCUUAAUACCUUACUGGAUGAGAAACAAAAAUUAUCCAAACAACGUUCUGAACAGUUAUCUGCCUAUGAAAAAUUACGUGAUCAAAUAUUUGAAUGGUUAACUGUUACUGAAAAUAAAGUAUCACGUUUAGAAGUGAUUGCAAUCGAUAUUGAUUUAUUAAAACGUCAAAAUGAAGAAUUAAAACCAAUUAUUAAAGAAUAUCGUGAUUAUGGUGUGAAUAUUGAUAAAGUUAACGAAUUGGGAAGUAUUUAUGAUGCGUUGUUACGAGGCGAACGUCCAGAUUCACCAAGUAGACGUCGUAGUCAAGCUUAUAGUCCAACAAAACGUACAAGUGUUGCUGCCAGUCCUUUACGUCGCUUAUCACAAGACGGUAGAUCACCAUCACCAACUAAAGGCUACCAAUUAACGUCACCGGUUUCACCAGGGGGUUCAAGUGGAUUCAGUUCACGGCGAUCAAGUCAAGAUGGUUUCCAUCUUGAUGAAUUAUCACCAGUUCAACAACAACUUGCUGACAUUAACAACCGCUACAGUUUACUUGGUGUCCGACUUACCGAUCGUCAAAAUGAAAUUGAUGCGAUCCGUGAUGAAUUACGUAAACAUUUAGAUUCAUUAAAAACAUUAUCUAGUUUCUUGGAAAAAGUUCAACGACAAAUGCCGAAAGAAUUUGUUCCAAAUACAAAAGAAGAAGCUGACAAAACCAAUAAAGUUUAUAAGACAAUAUUGGAAGAAAUGUACGAAAAACAAUCCUUGUUGGACUCAACCAAAUCUCAAGUUCGUGAUUUAUUAAGACGUAAACCAAGUGCAAUCGGUUCAGAUCGAUUAAAUGACGAAUUAGAAGAUGUAAUAUCAUUAUGGAAGAGCUUAAAUGAUAAAUGUAAAGAUCGUAUCCGGUUUAUGGAUGAUAUUAAAGAUUUCCACGAUACCCAUGAUGGUUUGAAUUCAUGGCUAACAGCUAAAGACCGUAUGUUAACUGUGCUUGGACCGAUUUCUAGUGAUUCACGUAUGGUACAAUCACAAGUACAACAAGUACAAGUGUUACGUGAAGAAUUCCGUGGACAACAACCACAAUUACAACAUCUUAAUGAUAUCGGCGAUAGCGUUCUAUCAAGCUUAAUUCCAAACACUCCAGAUCAACAUAAAAUUGCUAAUAAAUUACAAACAAUCCAACAAAAAUGGGCUGAUUUACUUGCACGCCUCGAAGAACGGGCAGAAUCACUUGGUGCCGCCGCUGAUACAUCACGUGAAUUUGAUGCAGGUCUUGCACGAUUACGUGAUGCUUUACAAGCAAUCAGUGAUAAUUUGGAUGAUAUUUCUUUGGAUAAAGAUCCAGAAGAACAAUUACAUAAAAUUGAAAAUCUUGAACGACAAUUGGAAGGCCAACGUCCAUUAUUGGCUGAUGCUGAAGCAACCGGUGCUCAAUUGUGUGAUGUUCUUAGUGAUCCAGCCUCACGAGCUGAAAUUCAAGCGAAAUUAGCAGCCGUUGGCCGCCAAUAUAAUACCUUACAGAAGAAAUUGGAUCAUCGCAAAGCUGAAAUUGAAGGAUCGUUACGCGAUGGACGACAAUUUGAAGCAUCUUGCGCACGUACAUUGGGAUGGCUUUCAGAUGAGCUUGGUGCUCUUACUGAUCGAUUAUUAAUAUCCGCCGAUCGUGAAACACUCCAACAACAAGUUGAUCAUCAUGAACCAGUUUAUCGCGAUGUUAUGGCACGCGAACACGAAGUUAUUAUGCUAUUAAAUAAAGGUCGUGAUAUUUUAGCACGAUCCAAAACACCAACCACAGGUGAUUCUACACGAUCGCUACAACGAGACAUCGAUAAAAUCCAACAACAUUGGGAUAAAUUGAAGAAGGAAACUGUUGAUCGUCACACACGAUUACAAACAUGCUUAGAACAUUGUCGUAAAUAUUAUAAAGCUCAAGAAACAUUCUUACCAUGGUUACGUCAAGCUGAAGAUAAACUUGAUUCAUUACGCCCUUCAUCAUUCAAACGCAAACAUAUGGAGCAAAGAUUACGUGAAUUACAACAAUUCCGUAACGAUGUAUGGAAAAAAUCUGGAGAAUAUGAAAAUAAUAAAAUGUUAGGUGAUACAUUCCUAUCGGCUUGUGAUAUCGAUAAGGACAUAGUUAAGAAUGAAUUAACAAACUUGAAACAACGUUGGGAUAAAUUGAAUAACGAUUUACUUGAACGAACUCAAUCGUUGGAAGACACAUCACGACGAUUAGGUGACUUUAAUGAAAGUCUUCGCGAUCUUCAACACAAUAUUCAACGAUGUGAAGAUCGUUUAGCAUCACACGAUGCUCUUGGAGGUGCUGCUAAAGAUCCUAAACUAUUGGAGCGUAUUAAACAAUUACGUGAAGAAGUUUCAGGUUUGAAGAAACCAUUAUUGACAGUACGACAAUCAGCACAAGAUUUAACAAACGAAGCCGGUGAACAUGGAGUUGAUGCCACACAUUUAUUAGAUGAAGUUGAUGCUCUUGGUGAUCGUAUUGAAGAUUUACAAGGUAAAUUGGAAGACAGGUGUAGCGAACUACAAAGUGCAGCAACAGCUGUUACACAAUUCAAUGACAAAGUUAAAGGAUUAUCUCACGAUUUAUCAAGCUUAGAAAAUGAUUUAGAUGCAAUGAAACCACCUGGUCGUGACAUUAAAACUGUACGUAAUCAACAAGAUGAUAUUGCACAAUUUAUUAAUAAAAUCGCACGAGCUGCUGACGAUGUGAAUGAUGCAAUUCGUGAUGGUGAGGUUCUAGUUGAUAACGGUUUUGCUCCAGAUACGGUACAAACACGCCAACAAGUAGACACACUUAAUCGUCAAAUACAAAAAUUAGAUGAUCGUGCGAAAAAACGUGAAAAUGAUUUACAAGCUACUUUGGAUAGAUUACAAUCAUUCUACGAAGCACAUGGUGGAGUUUUGGAUGAUAUCCAAGAUGCUAGUGAUCAAUUGCGAAAAUUCAAACCGGUUGGUUCAGAAGUGGAACAAAUUCGUUCCCAACAAGAAGAUUUCCGUAUAUUCCGUACUCAUACUGUGGAACCAUUAUCACAAAAUGUCGAUGAGUGUAAUCGUUUAGGUCAAUCAUUGAUUCAAUCAGCUUCAGCUGGAGUAAAUACAAGUGCUUUAGAAAAAGAUCUAGAAAAAAUGAAUGAGAAAUGGAAUGAUCUUAAAGGGCGUAUGAAUGAAAGAGAACGUCGUUUAGAUGUUGCCUUGUUACAAUCUGGUAAAUUCCAAGAAGCUUUAGAUGGCCUCGCACAAUGGUUAACUGACACCGAAGAGAUGGUUGCAAAUCAAAAACCACCAUCCGCCGAUUAUAAGGUUGUUAAAGCACAAUUACAAGAACAGAAAUUCCUUAAAAAGAUGCUUCUUGAUCGACAAAAUUCCAUGUCAUCUCUAUUUACUAUGGGUAAUGAAAUAGCCCAAGGUGCUGAUCCUGCUGAAAGGAAGGCAAUUGAAAAACAAUUGAAAGAAUUAAUGGGUAGAUUUGAUAAGUUAACAACGGGUGCUCAACAACGAACAUUAGAUUUAGAACAAGCAAUGCAUGUUGCCAAGAAAUUCCAUGACAAAUUAAUUCCACUUCAAGAAUGGCUUGACAAAACAGAGAAAACAAUCAAAGAUAUGGAAUUGGUACCUACAGAUGAAGAAAAAAUACAACAACGGAUUCGUGAACAUGAAGUUGUUCAUGAUGAUAUUUUAUGUAAGAAACCAGAAUUCUCUGAUUUAACAGAAAUUGCAUCCAAUCUGAUGGAACUUGUUGGCGAAGACGAAGCUCUUGGCUUAGGAGAAAAAUUACAAAUUGCCACCGAUCGUUACACAGCUUUAGUUCAAGCUAGUGACAAUGUUGGACAAUUAUUAACUGCCAGUCGUCAAGGUUUACGACAUUUAGUUCUCACUUAUCAAGAUUUAGUUGGAUGGAUGGACGCAAUGGAAGACCGAUUAGGUCGUUACCGUGUUUUGGCUGUUCAUACCGAUAGAUUAUUAGAGCAAAUGGAUGAUUUAGCUGAUUUAACGGAGGAAAUAUCUACACGCCAAUCGGCUGUUGAUGGAACUGUCGAUUCAGGAUUAGAGUUAAUGAAACAUAUUUCCUCUGAUGAAGCUCUUCAGCUUAAAGAUAAACUUGAUUCAUUACAACGGCGUUUUAAUGAUCUAACAUCAAGAGGUGUUGACUUAUUAAAACAUGCCCAAGAAGCUUUGCCUCUUGUCGAACAAUUCCACAACGCUCAUAAUCGUUUGGUUGAUUGGAUGCUUCCAGCUGAAGGUAUUUUACAACAUGGAGAUCCACGAGAAGAUGAUAUUGCUCGUUUGGAACUUGACAUUCAAGAAUUACGACCAGUUCUUGAUACAAUUAAUUUAAUUGGACCAAAACUAUGUCAAAUAUCACCGGGUGAAGGUGCUGCCACCAUCGAAAGCAUUGUUACACGAGAUAAUCGUCGUUUUGAUGCAAUUGUUGAACAAAUCCAACGUAAAGCUGAACGUAUUAAUUUGAGUAAACAACGUUCCAUGGAAGUUACGGGUGAUAUUGAUGAACUUCUUGAAUGGUUCCGCGAAGUUGAUUCACAAUUACGUGAAUCUGACCCGCCAAGUGCUGAACCAGAUUUAAUUCGAUUACAGCUUAAAGAACAUCGUGCAUUGAAUGACGAUAUUUCAUCACAGAAAGGUCGUGUUCGCGAUGUAUUGUCCACAGCGAAAAAAGUUUUGCGCGAAACAUCACCUACAGAAGACACUUCAAUCCUUCGUGAGAAGAUGGAAGAUUUGCGUGAAAUGAUGGACUUGGUGUCUGGUUUAAGUUCUGAUCGACUUGGUAUCUUGGAACAAGCCUUACCAUUGGCUGAACACUUCCGUGAAACACAUGUUGGUUUGUCAGCAUGGUUGGAUGACAUUGAACAACAAGUCACAAUGUUGGCUAUGCCCGCAUUACGACCAGAUUUAAUUGCUCAACAACAAGAUCGUAACGAAAUGUUCUUACAAUCAAUUAAUGAACAUAAACCUUUGGUUGAAAAAUUAAACAAAACUGGUGAAGCUUUAAUUAAAUUAUGCAACGAAGAAGAUGGUAUUAAGAUUCAAGAACUUCUAGAUCAAGAUAACGAACGUUAUAAUGCCAUUAAAAUUGAAUUACGUGAACGACAACAAGCUUUGGAAGAUGCUUUACAAGAAUCUAGUCAAUUCAGUGAUAAAUUGGAAGGAAUGCUCCGAGCAUUAUCAAACACGGCUGAUCAAGUAAAAUCAGCUGAUCCAAUAUCAGCAAAUGUACCCAAAAUUGAAGAUCAAAUCAAUGAAAACGAUGCACUUAUUGGUGACUUAAAUAAACGUGAGGAAGCUUAUGCAGCAGUUAAGAAAGCUGCAAGUGAUGUCCUAAAUAAAGCUGGAAAUCGUCAAGGUGAUCCCGCUAUUAAAGAUAUUAAGAAGAAAUUAGAAAAAUUGAAUAACUUAUGGCAAGAUGUCCAAAAAGCUACAACAGAUCGUGGUCGUACACUUGACGAUGCUUUGGAAGCAGCGAAAAAGUUCUGGAAACAAUUACAUCAUGUUAUGGCCGUAUUAAAAGAUUUGCAAGAUUCAUUAAGUUCACAAGAACCACCAGCGGUUGAACCAAGUAAAAUUCAAGAACAACAAGUGGCCUUACAGGAAAUUCGUCAAGAAAUUGAUCAAACUAAACCAGAAGUGGAUAGUGUUCGUGAAUCUGGACGUAUAUUAAUGAAAUUAGUUGGUGAACCAGAUAAACCUGAAGUCAAAAAACAUAUUGAAGAUUUGGAUAGUGCGUGGCAUAAUAUUACAGCUUUAUAUGCUAAACGUGAAGAGAAUUUGAUUGAUGCCAUGGAGAAGGCCAUGGAAUUCCAUGAAACUUUACAGAAUCUAGUGGAGUUCUUAUCAAAAGCAGAAGAUCGUUUCUCAAAAAUGGGUCCACUUGGAACCGAUAUUGAUGCAGUUAAAAAACAAAUUGGUCAAUUAAAAGACUUCAAAACUGAUGUUGAUCCACAUAUGGUUAAAGUAGAAGCUUUGAACAGAAGUUUAUCCAGGCAAGCUCAAGAAUUAACCGAACGUACUUCAGCUGAUCAAGCAGCUGCAAUCAAAGAACCACUCUCAGCUGUAAAUCGAAGAUGGGACACAUUACUAAAAGCAAUGGUUGAACGUCAACGUCAACUUGAAAAUGCUUUAUUACGUCUUGGACAAUUCCAACAUGCACUUAGUGAAUUACUUGUCUGGAUCGGUAAAACUGAUCAAACACUUGAUGAAUUGAAACCAAUAUUGGGUGAUCCACAAGUUUUAGAAAUUGAGUUAGCCAAGCUUAAAGUGCUAAUCAACGAUAUUCAAGCUCAUCAAACAUCAGUGGAAACAUUAAAUGAUGCUGGUCGUCAAAUUAUUGAAAGUGGAAAGGGUACAGAUGAAGCUUCUACCACACAAGAUAAAUUAUCAACAUUAAAUAGACAAUGGAGAGAUUUGGUACAAAAAGCAUCCGAUCGCCAACGUGAAUUAGAAUCAGCAUUAAAGGAUGCACACUUAUUCCAUGCCGAAAUCCAAGACUUACUUAGUUGGUUGGCAGAUAUUGACGGUGUGAUAGCCGCCAGUAAACCAGUUGGUGGUCUACCAGAAACUGCAUCCGAGCAACUUGAACGCUUUAUGGAAAUUUAUAACGAACUUGAACAGAAUCGUCCUAAAGUUGAAACUGUUUUACAACAGGGACAAGAAUAUCUGAAAAAAUCACAAGCUAACACUGCCAUGAAUCUUGCACAAAAUCUAAAAACGUUGAAACAACGAUGGGAGAACACAACAGCACGUGCCAAUGAUAAGAAGAUCAAAUUAGAAAUUGCAUUAAAAGAAGCCACCGAAUUCCACGAUGCAUUACAAGCAUUUGUUGAUUGGUUAACUAAUGCUGAAAAGGUAUUAUCAAAUCUGAAACCAGUUUCACGUGUUAUGGAAACUAUUUUAACCCAAAUUGAAGAACAUAAAACAUUCCAAAAAGAUGUGGGUGUACAUCGUGAAACAAUGCUUAAUUUAGACAAAAAAGGAACUCACUUGAAAUAUUUCAGUCAAAAACAAGAUGUAAUUUUAAUUAAAAAUCUGUUGAUUAGUGUUCAACAUCGUUGGGAACGUGUUGUAGCAAAAUCCGCUGAACGUACCCGCGCACUAGAUCAUGGAUACAAAGAAGCUAGAGAAUUCCAUGAUUCAUGGUUGGGCCUAAUGAAUUGGUUAACAGACACAGAAAAAUCAUUGGACGAAUUAAAUGCUGAAAUUGGUGUGAAUGAUCCUGAAAAGAUUAAGCAACGUAUUAAUAAACAUCGUGAAUUCCAACGUGCUUUAAGCUCGAAACAAAGCAAUUACGAUACAACAAUGAAGCUUGGUAAACAAUUGAAAGAGAAAGCUCCAAAAACAGAUGAAGCGCAGUUAAAACAACAAUUAAUUGAAUUGAAAAACAAAUGGACAUCUGUUUGUUCUAAAUCUGUUGACCGUCAACGAAAAUUGGAAGAAGCUUUACUUUACUCAGGACAAUUCAAAGAUGCAAUUCAAGCACUUUUGGAUUGGUUACAUAAAGUUGAAAAACAAUUAGCCGAAGAUGGACCAUUACAUGGUGACUUGGAUACGGUAAUUUCGCUUGUUGAUCAACACAAACACUUUGAACAAGAUUUACAAAAUCGUGCCGCUCAAAUGGAAUCAGUCACUCGUACUGGUCGUGAACUUGAGGCAAAAGCUAAUACAAGUGAUGCUACCCAAAUUCGUACGCAACUAUCACAAUUAAAUGGUUUAUGGGAUCGUGUUACUUCAUUAACACAAAGAAAAUCAGAAAAAUUGGAAGAUGCGCUAAAGGAGGCUGAACGUUUACAUAAAUCUGUACAUAUGUUAUUGGAAUGGUUAUCAGACGCUGAAAUGCGUUUGCGAUUUGCUGGACCACUACCAGAUGAUGAACAAGAUUCUAAGAAUCAAUUAUCUGAACAUGAAAGUUUCUUACGUGAAUUAGCUGAAAAGGAAAUGGAAAAAGAUUCAACAAUUGCUUUAGCCCAACGUAUUCUUGCCAAAGCUCAUCCUGAUGCUGUUUCAGUGAUUAAACAUUGGAUAACAAUUAUUCAAAGUCGAUGGGAAGAAGUGUCGACAUGGGCAAAACAACGGCAACAACGAUUGUCUCAACAUAUGCAAGGGCUCAAAGAUUUAGAUGAUACCUUAGAAGAAUUACUCGCAUGGUUACAAGGCUUAGAAAAUACAUUAACUCAAUUAGAAGCCGAAGAAUUGCCAGAUGAAAUACCACCAUUACAAGUACUCAUAUCAGAUCAUCAAGAAUUUAUGGAAAACACAAGUACACGACAACCAGAAGUGGAUCGUGUUUGUAAAGCACGUCAAAUUAAACCACAAAGUAAAGAAUCCUCACCCCGAAAACUAUCUAAACCCAAAACAGGAGUCAGAGGUUCACAGCAUGAUUUGCAAAGAGAAACAUCACCCGAUUUAUAUGGAUCUUUGGAUAGAAAACAAAGCUUAAAGGGUUCACGUGAUCAUUUGGCUGUCAAUAGGAAAGGAAGCCGUUCAAGUCCAAGUCGCGAUUUCGGUGGUGCUUAUGAUGGUUUGCCACAUUAUGGGCCACGAUUUGCCCCUCGAGGAAGCAAGGGAACUGAACCUGAAUUCCGUAGUCCAAGAGUCAAACUACUUUGGGAUAAAUGGCGUCAUGUUUGGUUUAUGGCAUGGGAACGACAAAAACGUUUACAUGAUAAACUUAUGUAUCUACAAGAACUUGAAAAAGUUCGUAACUUCUCAUGGGAAGAAUGGAGAAAGAGGUUCUUGAAAUUCAUGAAUCAUAAGAAAUCAAGAUUAACAGAUUUAUUCAGGAAAAUGGACAAAGAUAAUAAUGGUUUAAUUCCUCGAGAAGAUUUCAUUGAUGGAAUUAUUAAAACUAAAUUCGACACAUCACGCUUAGAAAUGAAUGCUGUUGCUGAUUUAUUCGAUAGAAAUAAUUGUGGUUUAAUUGACUGGAAAGAAUUUAUUGCAAGAUUACGUCCUGAUUGGGAAGACCGUAAACCUCCAACGGAUGCUGACAAAAUUCACGAUGAAGUUAAACGUUUGGUUAUGUUAUGUACUUGUCGACAGAAAUUCCGUGUAUUCCAAGUUGGUGAAGGCAAAUAUAGGUUCGGUGACAGUCAAAAAUUACGUCUUGUACGUAUCUUACGUUCAACUGUAAUGGUUCGUGUUGGAGGUGGUUGGGUAGCCCUUGAUGAGUUCUUAUUGAAGAACGAUCCAUGUCGAGCAAAGGGACGUACCAACAUCGAAUUACGUGAACAAUUUAUAUUAGCUGAUGGUGUAUCACAAUCAAUGACCGCUUUCAAGCCAAAAACACCAUCGUCGGCACAAAGAAACACUUCAUUUAGUGGGUCGGCUGGUCCUAUAACAAAGGUAAGAGAGAGAUCAUCCAGAUCUGUACCAAUGGGCUCAACGCAAGCACCAAGAACAUCACGAUCAUCUUUAUCAGCUGGUACACCGGAUUCAUUGUCAGAUAAUGAAAGCACAACACCUGGUUAUGCACGACCAACAAGUCGUAAAGGUUCAAUACCAAUACGAAAUACACCUGCCAGUUCUAGACCAAAUUCUAGACCUAAUUCAAGACCGGCCAGUCGAGCAGGUAGCAAGCCACCAAGUCGACAUGGUUCAACGCUUAGUUUAGAUAGUACAGAUGAUGCAACUCCAUCAAAGAUACCAAUUAGUAGACGGACAACAUCUUCAUUGACAACGCGAACACCUUUAAGUAGUGGAGUACCAUCAGGAGCAGCUAGAAAAUUAACUGUACCAAAUGGAACACCAACCCGACCCAAAACUCCAACGGGAAUGCAAUCACCUUCAACGCCUACAUCACGUUCACGAACAAAUAGUAUGCAUAGAGCGUCCAGCAUACCAACGUUAACAGGCUCAGGCAUUCCUAGAUCGAGAAUACCAAUUUAUGUGGGUCCCUCCGAUACUGCCUCCAAUACUUCUAGUGUCUCCAAUACUUCUCAAUCUUAUUCUGGGAGUUAUUCAGCAAACACUAACUCAAGUUCUUCGGCUACUAGUAAAUAUAAGAGGAGUCAAUCCAUGAAACGAAGUGCUACACAACCUAACACUGCAUUAUCCAGAUUAACUAACACUAAUGUCACUAGGGCUCGAACACCGUCUACAACAGGAGGAGGAGCAACUACAUCAAGCACAUCGAAAUUACAAAGAAAAGGUUCAGGAGCAUCAGAUAUAUCAACAGGUGGUCGUAAAGGAGUACCAACACCAAUUGAUCAAAGAGCUCCGUUCCGUUCAUAAAUAUAUCCUCCUUCAAACUUUUUAAUUUUAAAUCAGUAAUGCUAAUUACCACUUUUUUUUAAUAUCCAAAAUUUAACAUAUAAAAUUUUUAGGCAAUUUACGUUACAAAAAUAAAAAUGUAAAAAAAAAGUAUAAUUAUUAACUUAAAGUGCACUUUUUUGCUUUGUAUGUGGGAUUAAUCACAUACUCCGCUGCCUGUUUAUGUAUAUUUAGGCAUGAAGUAACGUCCUACCGACUGAAAAAUACUAUCCAUUUGUAUUUUUUUUAAUCGUAAAGAAAGGUGUACAAUAUUUAAAAAAUGAAAACUAAUUGUAUAAAUUUUUUAAAUUAGGGGCUAAAAUUAAUAAAUUAAU